ACUGCUGACUCCCAGCAGAUAUGGAGCUACCCGAAGCGAUACGGGGAGCCUCUUGCUGAAGAUUGUCCUGAGCCUGGAGCGGUCUGUGUGUCCUCGGACAAAGGACUUCGGCAAACUUCCAGAAGGGCCCCAAGCCCAAACCUCUCCGGCCAAAGCAUGCGUCUAAGCUGAGUCCCUGCCACAUGCUUCUGAUGAGGGGAAUCCACAUCUCUUUCAGAUUUACCUCGGUGAUGUGCUUCUGAGUGUUCUGCUUGGAACGAUGGGAAGUCAGCCCAGCAGAGGGAAACCCCUGCCAAGCCCAAGCUCAAGCCCCUCUGUGCAAAGCCAGGGCCUAGUGCCAAUGCAAGCAGAGAGGAGCAAGGCCACAGCCGUUGCCCUGGGCAGUUACCCGGUAGGUGAGCAUGCAGAGCUGUCACUGAGACUGGGGGAGCCAUUGACUAUCAUCUCUGAAGAUGGAGACUGGUGGACGGUGCUGUCAGAAGACUCAGGAAGAGAGUACAGCAUCCCCAGCAUCCAUGUGGCCAAAAUCUCUCAUGGGUGGCUGUAUGAGGGUCUGAGCCGGGAGAAAGCUGAGGAGCUCCUGCUCCUGCCUGGAAACCCCGGGGGAGCCUUCCUCAUUCGCGAGAGCCAGACCAGGAAAGGCUGUUACUCCCUGUCGGUCCGCCUCAGCCGCCCUACAUCCUGGGACCGAAUCAGACACUACAGGAUCCAGCGCCUUGACAAUGGCUGGUUGUACAUCUCACCGCGCCUCACUUUCCCCUCACUCCAGGCCCUGGUGGACCAUUAUUCUGAGCUGGCCGAGGACAUCUGCUGCCUCCUCAAGGAGCCCUGUGCCCUGCAGAGGGCUGGUCUACUGCCUGGCAAGGCCAUACCCCUACCUGCAACUGUGCAGAGGACACCCCUCAACUGGGAAGAGCUGGACAGCUCCCUCCUGUUCUCUGAGGCACCUGCAACGGGGGAGGCGGCCCUCCUCAGCGAGGGGCUCCGGGAAGCCAUCAGCUCCUACAUCAGCCUGACUGGAGACAUCUCCUUGGAUGAUGCCAAGGCUCAAAGCAGAGGCCGAAAGGGGAACCAAGGCUGUAGCACCUAGAACCCAACUAAGUUGAGCCUGGCUGGGAACCUAAGGCAAGGCUGUACACUGAGGCGGGGAGGGCUGGGACACAGAGGCCAUGCAGGAUCCCACUUGUAGCCUCUGCUCCUUCCUUUUUCAGCCCUAAGAAGUUAACCUCCUGCCGGUGCUGUGACCCCACCCCCUGCAACCUCUGGCUCAACUACAGAUCAGUUGAAUGGGGCCAGGGCUCCAGAAAGAAACUAAACCUUCUCUGGGGUCUGACCCACUUGGUUCCUUAGCUUGGGAUUUCCAGGACUGUCUUCUCCCUGCCUGAGUCCCAUUCUACACCCCACCACCCCACCACAAGGUACAAACAACUACUAGUAUCAAGGAGAAAAAAACAGCAUUUUAAGAAAGUUUAUAAGUCUCCCUCAGAAUAAGAUGUGUCCUCAAAGGGACAGGAAAGCAGAUGGGACAGCUGGCUUACCGCAGCAGCAGAACCUGGGCUGUCUACCUGACCCCUCAGAGCAAAGAGCACUUCUGACAGCCAAGGUCCUCAAAUAUUUCCUUUAAGUCCCUUCUCUGGAAAGUCCCAGCUCUCAGACCUCUUACUUCACUUUAUGGCUUAUCAUUUGAAUGCAGACAAGCUUUCCUGGCUACAGUGGCCUUGCCAUCUUGUGGCCAAAUGCAAAAUGACACCUGAGCCUAGCACACUGCAGUUAGGUCAGUCAUACGUCUCAGUGGGCAGGGGCAUGAGAAGGUGGUGAGCCCUCUCUCCACAAAGCCAAGGCCACAGACCACACCAACUCCAGCCCUUGAUUUCCCUGCUGCUCAUUAAGGGAAAGGGACCUACCUGGAGCUGCCCAGGGAGAGUAAGAAGAGGGAAGAGGGACAGGGAAGGGCAGACUGGGUUCUGAGGCUAGAGGUGAGGUGGGAAAGGCUUUACCAGGCAUUAUCAACAGGUUCUCAAUUAAAGACUGAUUUAUUCAAGUAUCUGAAAACAUUCUACAAUGGAAAUUGUUAUUCGAUGCUGCUUGUACUGUGUUAUGGACAUAACUGCCAUACUGUUUUCAGGAGACUUGAAAUGCCACUGAUAGUUUAAAAACUGUACACCUGGUGGAGAAGUGAGGAAGACAAUUUAAUAUUUCAUCCAGAUCCAGAGGUGCAGCAAA